UAGAAAGGUGAAAAGUUACACAUUUAUGAAAAUUCGGGUUAUGUGAGACAGAAGCAUUCCCCUCUCAUAUUACCUUUUCCGCUUCUUUCCUUUCCAACUCCCUCCAGAAAACCAUUCAUACCUUCUCUCCGUGGUAUAUUAGCCCGCAGUUGAUCUGCGCCGGGCAUUUUGUACCGCAAAUCCAGCUAAAAUGGCCCAUUUAUUCAUCUCCGACGAGGAGUUCUCUCGUCACUCCGACGACGCUGCUUUUCUGGCCGAGAAGGCCGAUGUCUUCAUCCAAGGUCUCCGCAGCGAGCUCGAGACCGUCAGAGCCCAAGCUGAUGCUGCUUCAAUCACUGCGGAGCAAACUUGUUCUCUUCUUGACCAGAAGUUCCUCUCUCUUUCAGCUGAGUUCUCUGACCUCCAGUCUCAGAAUGCACAGCUUCAAACGACCCUCGAACUCAGGCUCUCCGAGCUUGCGGAAGUCAAGUCCCAAAAACACCAACUCAAUUUACUUUCCCUUGGGAAGGAUGGUGAGAUAGAGAGGUUAAAUACAGAGUUAUCUGAACUGCAUAAAUCAAAAAGACAGUUAAUGAAGCUUAUCGAGCAUAAGGACUUAGAAAUUAGUGAAAAAGAUUCCACUAUAAAGAGUUAUCUUGACAAGAUUGUCAAUUUGUCCGAGACAGCUGCUCAAAGAGAAGCCCGUAUAAGCGAGGUCGACAUGGAGUUGGUGCGUUCCCGGGCUGAAUUCGCUCGUCUUACACAGGAGAAAGAACUGAUUGAGAGGCAUAACGUGUGGCUUAAUGAUGAAUUAACUGCUAAAGUAGGCAGUGUCGUUGAGCUGCAUAGGCUUCAUUCUGAUACCGAGGCUGAACUGUCUGCAAAACUUAGAGAUGUUGAGAGACAGUUGGAUGAAUGCUGUAGCUCCUUAAAAUGGAAGAAGGAUAGUGUGAAAGAACUUGAGAUGAAGCUAACAUCUGCACAGGAGGAAUUGUGUUUGUCAAGAAGAAUGGCUGCAGAAAAUGAGGAACGUCUUUGUGCUGAAAUAUCAACAAUUGUGCUACGGCAGCCCGUGCAGAGACGUUUGCUGAUAUCGGGUCAAAUGUGCCAGGUGGAAACGAGGGAAUUCGAUAGGAGGAUGGCUUGGAUAUGGAGUUCCCCACUAUGUACAACUCGUGAAUGAACAUGUCGCUUGAAAACAUGAUGAGUGCACGACCUAGUAGGUCAAGCGACACCAAGAGGGGUUCCAGCGAGUUGAAGAGGAAACACAACAUGCAAAAUUUUGAGAUUUUUGAGCCCAUUCGCGAUGCCAUGGACUGCACGAAUGACCAGUUGAGGGUCAUUGCGAAUUGGCCAGAUAGAGCUAGCCAGAAGGAAGACGCUUUGGUACAGGAAGUCAUUACGCAGGUGCAGUCCAUUCCUCAACUCAGUGUAGAGGAUAGUGCAAAAUGUAUGAUGGUAAUGGCAUAGAAGUCGUCGCUUAUGAAAACCUUCUAGGUCUUGCUCAAUGAGAUGAAGUUCGCCUAUUGCAGGGUCAUUCUGAUGUAAUUGAUGGCACUAUUUAAAUGCAUUACGAAUAAUAUUUUUUUUCAUAUUUCAUUUUGUUUCAAUGUAAUUCUGUUGUUUGUUUAAAUCGAUUGUUAACGUUUUGCA